CCAGGACAGCCUUUGUAGACCGGAUGGUGCUCGUUACGUCCACGGCCGGUAGCUGCAAUCGUUCUCAUAUGCUUUCAUUUUAAUGGUGGCUAGACUCCAGGUGUCCGUCACAUGGUUUUCCGGGUCAAUGUGUGCUAGUAUGUGUAGUGUUUUCACAUUGAAGUUUCUGUUUAAGCUCGCUGCAGUUCGCGUUGCUCUGUGAUAUUUUAAGAUAGCGGUGUUAUAUUCAUCGACUGUAUGAUUGUGGAGAUAAAUGGAUCCGAUACACCACGCCGUACAAUGUAAUACGAUCCAAUACACUGGUGUAAAAUGUAGAUGCUCAUGAACAGCAUGUGGGCGAGGUGUCAAAUGCUGUCAUAUUUACGAGGAACUGGACAAAAGGCUCAUGGUCUUGGAUUCUGGACGGACCGGUCAGCAGUGCAUGAGGCCGCUGCACAGGGCAGGGCCCUCCAGCUGCAGCAGCUGAUCGAGGGAGGUGCAGCCGUUAACCAUGUGGCAAUCGACUCCAUCACCCCCCUGCACGAGGCGUGCAUACAGGGACAGACCCAAUGCGUCAGACUGCUGCUGGAAGCUGGUGCACAGGUGGAUGCGCGUAACAUCGAUGGAAGCACGCCCCUGUGCGAUGCCUGUGCAGCAGGUAGCGUUGAAUGUGUCAAGCUGCUGUUGGAGUACAGAGCAACAGUUAAUCCUCCACUGUUUACCUUCUCACCGCUUCACGAGGCUUGUAUGGGAGGAAAUUCAGAUUGUGUUCAGCUCAUGAUUGAUCACGGAGCGUUCAUGGAGGCCCACGACUGCCACUAUGGUACACCGCUUCAUGUGUCCUGUGCAAUGCAACAUUAUGACUGCGCCAAAGUUCUCCUCAAAGCAGGGGCAAAUGUGAAUGCUGCCAAGCUACAUGAGACGGCCCUUCAUCAUGCAGCCAAAACCAAGAGUGUUGGCUUGAUUGAUCUACUUGUUGAGUUUGGGGGGAACGUGUACGCCCGAGAUAACAUGAACAAAAAAGCCAUCCAGUACACCAGUGUGGGAUCCACUACUUAUCUCUGCCUGGAGUUCUACGAGAGUACCCCUCUGAGUCUACAGCAGAUCAGCAGAGUGGCUGUGAGAGGGUCUCUCGGCAGAAGAGCCCGGGAAGUUGUUUCCAAACUGAACUUGCCCAAUCGCAUUAUACGGUUUCUGUCAUACAUGCCACCUCCAGAUAUUGAAAUUGAAUAACCCGUGAGAAACCCGAGAUGCAUCUCUUAAAUCUGAAUGCUGACUCUGUGGACUUCUCUCCGGAAAGUCAUAUGACUUUAUGACGUAUGUUGGAUUUGGCAGCAGACGCCCAGCAGAUGUCAAAUGUACGUGUCAAUACAUGUACCAUGAGGUUCUGGCCAACCUGUAAUGGCCUGUGUAUACAAAUAAUGGAGUUGUGUUUAAGGUCGGCAAAUUAAGUCCAACAUUUCAGUUCUAAUUCAAACCCUUUGAUUGCAAAAACAAAGUCUGCUCCUGGGGGUUAAAAGACUCAACUAUACACCCUGUUUGAUGGACAAAUACUAAGUAAUAACUAUGAAAAACCAACACCUGAGUGGAAACCCACAUAUUAAUCAAGUUGUCCACUCUUCAGGACUUUGUAAGCGUGUGCAGACCUCCUGUUAGCUAUUUUAUCCUCUGUUACUAAUUGGAAUCUGAUAACGUGACUGUGCAUAUCUACGAGCACAUCUCGGCCCACCUUCACCCUGAGCAAAGGUCUAGUCGGCCACACCUUUGUGUGUGUGUGUGUUGGGCCCUUGAUGCAUUCCCAUUAUGUUUUACAGCCGAGGAAUUUCACAAGAGUUGGAAUUAUUUGAAUCAGUGAUAAUAUCUAAAGUUUUGCUUGAUAACGUGAAGUAAUUUUUUUACGCCUGGAUCGCUGUAUAUAUUAUGUAACUACUUUUUAAUGUACAUUUGUAAAUAAUACAGAUGGCUCCACCUCUAUCAAAUUUGUGUAACUAAAAAGACCACCAUAGGACUAUUUGAAAAA